UGGCGCUGGAAAGUCACAACCAGAAGACGUUCCUUUUCUUGUCAUGGAAUAUAUGGAGUGCGGAUCUUUAAGAAAUGUACUACGCAAUUUAUCGAUUGAUAUCGACUAUGAGCGUAAGCUAUCAUUUGCCAUGGAUUCAGCGAAAGGCAUGCAUUUUCUUCACACGCUGAAACCGCCUCGAAUACAUCGAGAUUUAGAAAGCGAUAAUCUUUUGGUAAGCAAAGACUGGAUUGUUAAAGUGGCUGAUUUCGGUUUAGGGAGGAACGUUAACGCUAACGUCAAACAGAACAAUAAACAACAAAACAGACGCAAAGAUCGCUCAAAUCCUCAAAAUAUUUCUCUACUUCCAGAACGAGAAGGUUUAUCUUUUGCAGGUGUUAGAACUGCGAGAUGGCGAGCUCCAGAAUUCACUCUUCGACAGCCAUAUGAUACCGCAGUAGACGUUCAUAGUUUUGAAAUUGUGUUAUGGGAAACCUGGACAAGAAAGCUUCCAUUCGAUUAAUAGAGCUUCGAUUAUGAAGUGACCGACGCCAUAGUUGGAAAUGAAAGACCUGUAAUUCCACGAGAUUGUCCACAGCCGUUAACCAUGAUAAUGAAAACUUGCUGGUCACCCAGGCCAUCAGACAGACUUUCGUUCGGUCAAGUUAUUUCGCAACUUAAAUCUUUAGGCAACAAGUAGAUUACAAUGUUGCAGAUAGCAGGUGAAUGUGUUUUGUUGCUGGUAAGCAACUUCAUGCAACUUGUCUAACUUAACAUCUUCUACAAUUUCAUUUUAUUGCAAAUU